UGGCUGACAGUAAAGGAGGUGGUGUGCACUUCAGUGUACAUUCAGGCCUGUAGGAAACGGUGAGAUCCUCCGAGGCAGCGCGCAGUUUGCCCGCAGAUAUUCGCUUUUACGGACCCUUGUCAGCGGGAGGAUUGUCCACUAUGUCGUCUAUGUUGAGACUCGUCGCCAAACAGCUCAAGAGCCACCCAGCUCUGAUCCCCCUCUUCAUCUUCAUCGGUGGGGGUGUAACCAUGAGCGCCACGUACUUGUGUCGGCUGGCUCUGAAAAAUCCUGAUGUCUCAUGGGACCGCAAGAACAACCCUGAGCCCUGGAACAAACUGGAGCCCAAUCAGCAGUACAAACUUUUCACAGUUAACAUGGACUACUCCAAGCUGAAGAAGGACAGGCCUGAUUUCUAAGUCACCGUGUCAUUGCACUUCUGUCUCUGACGAUGUGAAGAGCCUUUGCACUUUCUGCCAAAUAUAAAAUAAACCCAUGACACUGAAUGAAGGUUGUAUCACACUGCUUGCUACACUCAUUCAGUCAGUUAAUUUCCAGUGUGAAGGGGGGAAGGGAUCAUUCACUUUAUCGACGACUGUAUGAAUAAAGCAGGCAACCACCUGUUUUACUAAUUUAUGAAUUUAUUUUUGACUUUGUUGUAUCAUUAAAACCAUUUCAAUCACA